GUGAAAGAUGCGUUAUAGCUAAAUAUUCUUAUCAUCAUAAUCAGUAAGUAGAGGUAGAUGAGGAAAAUGUCAUGAUAUUGAUAUUAUUGAGGGUGCAAAAGCUUAUUGGUGGGAUUUUCUUAAAUUUAUAUGUCCUGCUUAAUAGGUUUACCCCCCUCGGGAAGAUUCUGCUUUCCACUUUCCUAGUAGUUUGGAUAGGUGUGGCUCCGAGAGAACCACAUGUUAUGUGGUCAAGCGAUUGCCGAGGCUAUGUUUUCGAUGAAUUUUUUUUUACGAUUUUACUUGUUGAGAUACACGCAUAUACGUGUAUGCGCAUUCAAAUUCUAUGCUCCUUCAAUCUUACACGUGAUGGCAGUGGGAGUUGUGUGCCCUAUCACAUGCCUGAAUCCUUUUUUUGUUCAGAUUCAUAGACUUCAGGCUGUCUUUCUAGUAGUGUAGAAUGUUUUUUACGGAACCCGUCUUUUACUUCCUUUAACUUCGGAAUGAGGUGAUCGAGAGGUGGGGGGAGGGAGAGGGGGGGAGGACAUUUGCUACCAGAUGAUUCAAUGCAAACACAUAUUACAGGUUUAACUUAAAGAUAUAUGAAGACAUAUAGACAAGAAGUAGAAGUAGUGCAACUCACUUUGCAUCAUAAAAAUGGCAGUCAGUGGAAAGGGUCUUUAUGGAAGAGGUUUAAAGAAGCAUCCAAUCCAAGUAAGAAAAGAAAUGAGGAGGAUCAUCCUAAACUGUGACGUUUAUGGGGUAUGGAUAUCGAUUCACAUGUUGUGAGGCAUCGUAGGAGAAACUCGUGAAAGGAUGAUCUCACCUUCAUUCGGUGUACUUGUUGUGAACUCGUGUACUGCUAGUGGAGGUGGAGGGAUUAUUUACACUAAUUCCUUAUCUAAUCUCAGGGAUUUCUGUGCCGUGGCAAACGUGUUCUUGCGUGAUAUAUGUGAAUGCUUUGAUGGUGCUCUACAUUCAAUUCUGAGAGUUUUUCCCCCCUAUUUUCUUCUUCUAAUAUAGUAUUUUUAAAUUAUACGAUUAUUUUUAGCGUUUUUGGGGCGCACAGCAAUUAUAAAGCGUGGUAGGGACGAGGAGGGCAAAAUAAUUGCAUGAACUUUUAAGGAGGUGCGAAGGGGAACACAAGGAAAAGAUCGACACCUCUUUGUUGUUUCAAACACACUAAAAAUCACUGUUUUUUGAAGUCGUUUUUAUAUCCAACCUUAAAAAGAAUCCUAGUCUUUCCACGCGUGUUUCUGACGCAUUUAUUCACAUUCUUUCAA